GGUCUCAGGGCGGGAGGAGAUUAAAGCUGCUUCCCGAAGCUCGCCCCAGCCCAUGUCCCCCUCCGAUUUCCUGGACAAGCUCAUGGGACGAACCUCAGGGUAUGACGCCCGGAUCCGCCCCAACUUCAAAGGUCCACCCGUCAACGUGACAUGCAACAUCUUCAUCAACAGCUUCGGCUCCGUCACCGAGACCACCAUGGACUACCGGGUGAACGUCUUCCUGCGGCAGCAGUGGAACGACCCCCGCCUGGCUUACCGCGAGUACCCCGACGACUCCCUCGACCUCGACCCCUCCAUGCUGGACUCCAUCUGGAAGCCGGACUUGUUCUUCGCCAACGAGAAAGGGGCCAAUUUCCACGAGGUCACCACCGACAACAAGCUGCUGCGCAUCUUCAAGAACGGCAACGUGCUCUACAGCAUCAGGCUGACGCUGAUCCUGUCCUGCCCCAUGGACCUCAAGAACUUCCCCAUGGACAUCCAGACAUGCACCAUGCAGCUGGAGAGCUUUGGCUACACCAUGAAUGACCUCAUCUUCGAGUGGCUGGAGGAGCAGGAGGCUGUGCAAGUGGCAGAGGGCUUGACGCUCCCUCAGUUCAUCCUCAGGGAUGAGAAGGACCUGGGCUACUGCACCAAGCACUACAACACAGGCAAGUUCACCUGCAUCGAGGUGAAGUUCCACCUGGAGAGGCAGAUGGGUUACUACCUGAUCCAGAUGUAUAUCCCCAGCCUGCUCAUCGUCAUCCUCUCCUGGGUCUCCUUCUGGAUCAACAUGGAUGCGGCGCCCGCCCGGGUGGGCUUGGGCAUCACCACCGUGCUCACCAUGACCACGCAGAGCGCCGGCUCCCGUGCCUCCCUGCCCAAGGUUUCCUACGUGAAGGCCAUCGACAUCUGGAUGGCCGUGUGCCUGCUCUUCGUCUUUGCUGCCCUGCUGGAGUACGCGGCCGUCAACUUUGUCUCCCGCCAGCACAAGGAGUUCAUGCGCCUGCGCCGGCGCCAGCGGAGACAGAGGAUGGAGGAAGAGCUCGUCCGUGAGAGCCGCUUCUACUUGCGAGGCUACGGGCUGGGCCACUGCCUGCAGCCCAAGGAUGGGGCUGCGGAGGGUCCCAGCAUCUACAGCCCCCCCCCCCCGGCCGGGGUGCUGCUGCGGGAAGGGGAGAACCUCCACAGGCGCUACAUCGACCGGGCCAAGCGCAUCGACACCGUCUCCCGAGCCGUCUUCCCUUUCACCUUCCUGGUCUUCAACAUCUUCUACUGGGUGGUCUACAAAGUGCUGCGCUCGGAGGACAUCCACUCGGUGCCCUGAGGCCCGGAGAAAGCGUGAUGGCCGCUCAGUCUGACCCCCCCACAGUGACACAGGGUGCCACGAGCUCAGCCAGAACCAUGUUUCCCUCUGUCCCGGAGCAGCGGCACAGCCGGGCUGGGCCUCAGAGCCUGGAGACGUGGCAGCCCCCAUAUCCCUUUGGAUGCCGGGGCACCCAGGGGGGGAUCAGCGACCCCAGAUCCCCACAAUUAGCUGGAGAGAGGGACCCCUCCUGCAGGGUGUCACCCCCGGGUACCCAGGGAUGCUGUGCUGCUGGGGGAGCCCCAGGUCCCCAGGGAUGCUGCACCGCCGUGGGGCAGGGGGGAGCCCCUGGUGUUUUGGGACACUGCACAGCUGGUGGCCGGGGAACACCACCUUCCAGCCAAACACCCUCCACCCCUCUGCACCUUCCACUUUUCCACGCUGCAUCACCGAGCCCUUGGGCCACCAGCAGCCAGGCCAGAGGCUGCAGCCCUCUCUCCUCCCCUGGCCCGCAGCUCGGUUGCAGGAAAGAGCAAGCAGCACCCCUGCCUGCACCCAGACUGUGUGGGGUGCUGGCUACGGCCCCAUAGCCCCCAGGCCAGCAACGGACAGGGCCCCUACAGCCCCCCAACCAGCUCCAACGCACAGCAAAGCAGCCGGUCGGGGAUGCUUCCCUCCCUGCAGAGCCCAGGGCUGCCCGUGAUGCCCAUGGCCGCAGGCAGGACUGUGGCAGGGACGCUGGGCAGGAGGUACCCUUCCCUCUGAGGAAAUGCCAACCCCGGGGCAGGCAGCAGGUGAGCCCCAUCCUGCUGAUGGGGAGGGGGUUUCCCUCACCAUUGCACCACCUGCAAUCCCACCAUUGCAGCCACAGGUGGGAUCUGCUUGGCACUGAGGAGCUGGCACUGGACUACCUGCAGGGUAGGGUCCACAGCCCGUCUUCCAGGAGGGAUUUUUCAGGAUGAAAGUCGUGGGGACAGCUUGGCCGAUCCCUUCGGAGGAGCAGAGCGAGCGGUGGCAUCCCCAGGCUGCUGGGUUCCCAGGGCACAGCAGUGCCAGCAGAGAGCUGGAGGUGAAAAUCACCCUGUUCCCCAGCUUUCUCUCCACCCCGGAGCCCAGGCAUGGCGUCCCCCAGGGGGGGGUUCAACCCCCACUGCUCCUCCACCGGAGAGGAGAGCAUCCGAAACCUCAAGAGGACAAGCUCAGCAAGGCUUCCAGCCCUCCAGACCUGGAUAUCCUCCGUGCUUAGCAGGAAAUAAAAGCAGUAGGUGAUGUUUACGUAGGUCCUACAGAGA